AUGGAUUCCCCGUUUCCAAAGUCCUCUUCAGCGGCCGGCGAGGGCGAGAUCAUAGCCCGGGUGCUGCCGAACGGCCUGUCGGGCCUCAAAGCCAUGUCGUACCAGUACCCUCUGAAACUCAUCUCUCCCACGCCGGCAGCCGACCAGAAGAGCGUUUUAGUAUUCUUAUUGUCAUACGGCGGCGGACUCGUCGGAGGGGAUAGCAUCAAUCUAUCCAUACGCGCUCUGCCAGAGUCAAAGCUUAGCGUUGUCACCCAGGGCCAUACAAAAAUAUUCAAGUCCGCAUCCCCCGACAUAGUCACGCGACAGACACUCGAGGUCCAUAUCGAAGACAACGCCGGUAUAUGUCAGCUGCCGGACCCAGUACAGCCUUUUGAUGGGAGCGUCUAUGAACAGACGCAGAUAUUCACAGCCUCCCCCAGCGCGUCUCUGUGUCUAUUGGACUGGGUGACGCAGGGAAGAACGGCACGCGGCGAGGACUGGAGUUUUGUCAAGUGGACAGGGCGCAACGAAGUCUGGUUAUCGGGAGAAACUCCGGGAAGCAAGAACCGCCUGCUUGUGCGGGACACGGUCAUCUUGGACAGAAAUAGUCAAGGGUUAGUUGGCAGGUCCUUGAGAGACUCUAUGCACGGGAACGGGCUCUUUGGGACGUUGAUUCUUCGAGGGCCGCAAAUGCAUGCCCUGGGAAACUUCUUUCUUGAAGAAUUUGGCGUCUUGCCGCGGCUUGGUGCGAGGGAUUUCAGAUCGGCAGAGGCUAAAGCUAAGGAGGAGAGCAGUCUCACGGAGGAAGAGUUGUGGCGGAUGAAGCGCAUAGAGAUGGAGGCCAAGGAUGGCAUCCUAUGGUCCGCAGCGAGGGUCAGGACCUGUGUCAUUGUGAAAUUUGGAGCGAGUACAGUUGAAGCUGGGAGGCUGUGGAUUGGCAACAUGCUAAAUCGAGAGGGCAGCGUCGCAAGACUAUACGGUGAGCAGUCACUGAUGUGUGUAAAAUGA